CUUUUCUUUCGCUGUCACAGGAGGGCUACCAUCUCUGGAAUUCAGCUCUGCCGUUGCUGUGGCAAGGGGGAUGAACUGACAGCAGAUCCAUAAUGGUGUAAACUGGUUCAUGUGGGUGGAGGUGACCAUGCUAAGAAGGGAGACAAAGCCAGAAAGUGACAGGCCACGGAAAGUCCGGUUUCGAAUUGCCUCAUCUCACAGUGGGAGAGUUCUGAAAGAGGUCUAUGAAGAUGGACAAGCACCAGGCUCUCUGGAUUCUGAAUGUGCUAGUAUUUGUGCCAUAGAUGGGCUAAGUGACUCUGAGGGACAGCAAAACGGCCACAUUGGAUCAGAGGAUAAUGAACAGGAGAAAGAUCAGGAUAACCUGCUGGUAUUAGCCAGGACAGCCAGCGAGAAGGCUUUUGGCACAAGAAGAGUCAACAUUUUAAGCAAAAAUGGUACAGUCAGAGGCGUCAAGUACAAAGUGAGUGCUGGCCAGGCUCUGUUUAACAAUUUGACCAAAGUGUUGCAGCAGCCAUCAGCUGACCUGGAAUUUGACCGUGUGGUAAUUUAUACAACCUGCCUUCGUGUGGUGAGGACGACCUUCGAGAGAUGCGAACUGGUUAGAAAGAUCUUCCAAAACCAUCGAGUAAAGUUUGAAGAGAAAAACAUAGCUCUAAACGGUGACUAUGGGAAAGAGUUGGAUGAACGGUGCAGGAGAGUCUCCGAAGCUCCUUCCCUUCCUGUUGUCUUCAUUGAUGGCCAUUAUCUUGGGGGUGCUGAGAAAAUUUUGUCAAUGAAUGAAUCAGGAGAACUGCAAGACCUUUUAACCAAAAUUGAGAGGGUCCAGCAUCCGCACGAGUGUCCUUCCUGUGGAGGCUUUGGCUUCCUUCCAUGCUCUGUGUGCCACGGAAGCAAGAUGUCAGUGUUUCGCAAUUGCUUUACGGACGCUUUCAAAGCCCUCAAGUGUACAGCUUGCAAUGAGAAUGGUCUCCAGCGUUGUAAGAACUGCACCUGCUAACUGGAGCUUCUGCCUAGAGAAAGCCUCAUUUCAUUAAACAAAGGAUAAAAUUUGACUUCUAAGCUUUUUUUUUUUUUUUAAAGAAAGUCAUGUUUUUAGAUUAAACAAUAAAGUUUGUAUAUUAUAA